AUGCUUCGAGGAAUUCUCAGGUCACAAAGUUCUCAGUGGACUAAAGGAUUCAGACAAACCGUCAGACAGUAUUCGUCGUCCAAAUCUUCUGAUAUUGCAGACAAGGCAGUGGAGUCUGCUUUCAAAUCGUCAGCCACUUGGAAAAAUGUUCCCGUAGAAGAGAAGAGGGAUAUCUUUUACAAUGCCUCCAAGUUGUUGAAGGAGCGUCGUGAGGAAUUGGUCAAGUUGACAAAUCAAGAGGUCGGCAUUCCCAGCUUGUUUGCUGGGUUUUUCGUAGACGAUGCUGUAGACUUCAUGACUACCAUGGGUGACCUUGUAACAAAUUCUGGUUAUGGCCAGUUUCUUCCUCCUGUCAAGGGAAGACAGCCAAUUGUUGUCAGGGAGCCUAUUGGACCGGUAUUUGGUAUUGUUCCAUGGAAUGCUCCCACCAUUUUGGGUCUACGGGCAGCAGCUUGUCCUUUGGCAGCCGGAUGCUCUGUUGUAGUCAAAACUUCAGAAUAUACACCUCUGACUCAACGGCUAACUUUACAAACGCUCACAGAUGCCGGUGUGCCCGAGGGUGUGGUCAACAUUCUCGAAGUUCCACUGGAAGAUAGUCCUGCUGUGGUAGAACAAGUGAUUUCUGAUUUCAGAAUUAGAAAGGUUAACUUCACCGGAUCUGGUAGAGUUGGUGCUAUUGUUGCUGGACUAGCUGGUACACAUCUUAAGCCUAUACUACUGGAGUUGGGCGGUAAAGCUGCAGCAAUUGUAGAUGAGACAGCUGAUUUUGAAACUGCAGCUCGGAAUAUUGUACUGGGUGCAUGGGCCAAUUCUGGCCAGAUUUGCAUGUCCACUGAGCGGAUCUUUGUGACCAAGGAAGCUGCUGACGGUUUCAAUAAGGCAAUCACAAAGGUAUCUCACGAAGAACUGAACCAGGAUUAUCUGCAAUGCCGCCAGAUAUCCCCUGUGAACUCCAAGCGUAUCGAACAGCUUGCAAAAGAUGCAGUUAGCAAAGGUGCUACGUCGAUUGUCAAUGGUAUUCCAAAGGCUAAAGAUGGCGAUGUGUCUAAAUCCAUCCUCACAAAUGUUUCACAAGAUAGCGAAUUAUUUGAUAGCGAGACAUUUGCACCCCUCGCUUUCUUCAACAUUGUCGACUCGGUUGAUCAGGCUAUAGAUUUGGUUAACAGCAGCAAGUUCGGACUGAACAGCUCUGUCUGGACGGCUGAUACAGCCAAAGGAAUCGAGAUUGCCAGGAAGAUCAACUCUGGCACUGUCCACAUCAACGGCAACACUGUAUUCGAUCAUGGUAGCGUCCCUCAUGGAGGUGUCAAAAACAGUGGCUUCGGAAGGUUUAAUGGCCAGUGGGGAAUUGAUGAGUUUACAGUUAUAAAAACUAUCACCUACCCAGUUUAA